UUUAUAUUUCUUCUUAUUUUAGAUUCUGGUAUUUAAUAUUUAUAAUAAAAGCUAAAAUGAAGACGUAUACUUUUAGCCACUAUGGUAUUAUUGCUUGGAUUUUCUGUUUAGGUCUGAUCUCCACAAUAAAUGGGCAAUUAUACAUUGUUUCCAAACCAGAUUCCAUUCAAAUAUCGAGUGAAGGAAAUAAUAUUAAUGGAUAUGAUGUCCCACAAAUUAUUAAUUAUAUGAUGGGAUUUUCUUCAGAUAUGUCAACUCAGUUACAGGGUUUGAUAAAGUAUGACAUAUUCGACUCUCCUUCUGCUAAUCUACUGAUUAACAUUGAUCUUCCAACUGAUGUUUCAUUUGCAUUAAAUGAUUUUGCUGUAAAAUACGAUAAAGUUUCAAUGGAGGAUGAUAGGGUUACAUCAAUGGAAAAACUCAAUAAAGCAAUCACAUCAUUACCAUGGAAAGAACAAUCUGUAAUUGUUGACUUAGUAACAGAUAGUGGAAAUACCAGGAAUCCCAUAUUUAAUGGGUUAGCAUUCACCAAUGAUGAAAUGAUGCACCGUUUAGCACUUGAUGAUUCACUUGUUAAAACUUUCCCCUCUUGUUUGAACCCAACUAAUGUUAUUGAUCAAUCUUUUUAUGCUGAGAUUCAACUAAUGCAGGAUAUCUUGGACAAGAUUAAAGCUCACCCCGAGGUUUGCGUAGAUGGUACACCUGAUUCUUAUAACUUUGUGUUGACCUCAUUGGAAAAUUUAAAACAAGUUUAUGGAGUUGACUCGUGUCAAGUUAGAUCAGCUAUUAGUAUAUUGGAUGCAUUUAUUCCUAAGUUUGUGAAAGAAUUCAAAGAUCUUUACAACAAUAACAUGCUAGUUGAGGUUAACAUGGUUGUUGCUCCUCAUACAUUCAAUGCUCGUUAUACACGAGCAGUUGACGAUGACACAAAUAUUAACGGAACAGUUGUCCCUACCUCAUCACAGUAUUCAGCCAUGCUAAAUAUCGGUAUCUGGUUUUCUGUGUUUUUUGUUUUGGCCGUGUAUUUUGCUGUGUAUGUAAUAUGGGUGAUGGAUCCUGGUAGUGAUAGCUUAAUAUACAGAAUGGCUACACAACGUAUUAAAAACGAAUAAAACACAAUUUCUGGCGAUUUUUUUAAUAAAAGUAUAGGGCUCACUUGAUAAAAUCUAUAAAGUAGGUUGGGGAAAGACAGGACACCUUUUAUUUUAUAUUAUAUAUUUUCUUGUCCUGUUCAGUAGUAAACAAAAAACAUUUAACCAAUUAUAAAACCGUAUCCUUACGACUUCCAUAGAACGUUGUUAGUUGUGUAAAACAGGAACAGGGUAUUUGGAUAUUAUGUGCCAAAGGUGUCCCGUCUUCCCCACCCUACUAUAUUAUAAUGUCAUAACAUGCAUUGUGGAUUGUGUUUUACAUUGGUGGAUCCAAAACAAAACAAAUGACCUUGCACAUGAUACUGUGUUUGUGUAGAAAACAUAUGGUUCUUUUAUAAUCAUAGGCGCAAAACUUUUCAAAAUACAGUGUGCUGUAUAAUGUAAAUUCAGAAAAAAAUAUAAUGGCAAUUUUGCCCUUCUUGACUGUAAUGUUUCUUAAUUAUAAAAAUCAGGGGUGGCCUUGAACCCUCACCACCCCACGUUUUGCGCCUAUGAUAAAUAUUAUAAAUCUUGCAAGAGUUGUACACGUUCCCGUAUUAUGCUGUGUUCAAAUUUGUAAAACGUCCACAAAAUAAUUAUUUAAGUACGUAAGUAAGGUGGGGUAAGAUGGGACACUAUUUGAUUCUAUUUUCUCGUCCCAUUUGGUAGUGAACAGAACAUUCAAAGAAUUAUAUAUUAUCCGUACAUCCUCACGACUUCCAUAGGCCGUUGUUAAUUGUUUAAAACACGAUCAGAGUAUUUGGAUAUUAUGUGCUAAAGGUGUCCCAUUUCCCCCCACCCUACUAUAUAACAUGUAACUUAUAAUUAAACGUUGUUGUAUAUUUGGUUGUAAGUGUGCAAUAAACGUAUUUGUGAAAUCA